AUGUCUUCGCUAAACCACACUGCAGUGAUGGGCUUCAUUCUUGUCGGACUCACAGACAGCCCAGUCCUGGGCAGGAUCCUCUUUGUGGUGUUUCUGGUCAUCUUUGCCAUCACACUGGCAGGAAACCUGUGCUUGAUUGUGCUGAUCCGGACCAAUCCCCACCUGCAAACGCCAAUGUACUUCUUCCUUGGGCACCUCUCCUUUGUAGACAUUUGCUACUCUUCCAAUGUGACCCCAAACAUGCUGCACGGCUUCAUCUCACACCAGAAGACCAUCUCCUAUGCUGGGUGCUUCACACAGUGUCUCCUCUUCAUUGCUCUGGUGAUCACGGAGUUUUACAUCCUUGCUUCAAUGGCCCUGGACCGCUAUGUGGCCAUUUGUAGCCCUCUGCAUUAUAGUACCAGGAUGUCCAGGAAAGUUUGUGUGUCUCUAGUCACAUUCCCAUAUGUGUUUGGGUUCCUGAAUGGGCUUUCUCAGACUCUACUCACUUUCCACCUAUCUUUCUGUGGCUCCCAUGAAAUCAACCACUUCUACUGUGCAGACCCUCCUCUCAUCAUGCUGGCCUGCUCUGACACUCAUGUCAAAAAGAUGGCCAUGUUUGUGGUAGCUGGCUUUACUCUCAUAAGCUCGCUCUCUAUCAUUCUUGUAUCUUACCUGUAUAUUUUUGGAGCCAUCUUGAGGAUUCGCUCUGCUGAGGGAAGACAAAAGGCCUUUUCUACAUGUGGUUCCCACAUGACAACAGUCACCAUAUUUUAUGGAACGCUUUUCUGCAUGUAUUUAAAGCCUCCAUCAGAGAAGUCAGUAGAGGAGUCCAAAAUAAUUGCAGUUUUUUAUACUUUUUUGAGUCCAUUCCUAAACCCCCUGAUCUAUAGCCUAAGGAAUAAGGAUGUCAUCAAUGCUAUGAAGCAGGUGAUCAAGAAAAUUUUUUUUCAGAAAAUCUUGGUUUAG